AUUUUUUGGUUGCCAUUGUUUAUUUCUAACAGGCAGUAGGUUCUUAAAGAUUAAUUCCUGGGUGUUCACCUGCACACAGUCUUUCACACUGUGAGCUGUUUGCUUUCUAUGAAAGGGUGAAGGGUGGGAUGGCUCAUGGAGAAACUUGAAUGCAGGUCAUGGGUGUCAAGACUGAUACUUCUGUCACCAAGCCAUUCUCCCUCCAACUGUUGUUCCCAGUUUUAAGCUCUGGCAUAAACUGUUGGCUUAGCUGUGUGCUUGCACUCUUUUCCCCAAAUCUCCUGGCUUCUUUGCCUCCUCUUCCCAUGAGGCAAUUAAAAAUACCUGCAGUAGCAUGCAAAGUUGGCCAUGUUUGAUAUCCUCUUCCUGCAGUCCCACUGCCAGUCAUCUUCAGGACUUCAGAAAAUUCACCUGUGUGCCUGUACCUUUUUUUUUUUUCUCCUCAGAACCUCUCAAGUUUUAAAUUUUGUGCUGUGCACCGAUUGUUAUAUUUUUUGCUCCAUUUAUCUCUGCUAAGACAGUUAGCUACUUAGUUGAAUAUCUGUAUAAUUAGCAAAAGAUUACUUUGCAUUUAAAGCAACUUUUCUGCAGAUUAUGUGGUAAGAUUUAGGAAUCCUAUAAAAUAAAUGUGUGACAAAUUGCAGGCAAUAGUGAUAACGGGAGGGUCACAAACAUUUUAGUAGUCAGUUUGCCCCAGCAUUUGUGGUUUAGGUUCUCCAGCAGGAGAAUUGUAUUAGAAACUACCGCAGUGAACAGUAGGAGCAGUUUUGCCAGUUUGUUGUGUGCAUAGGCGUUGUGUUUUGGAGGAAAAUGAAAUACUCCCGCCGAUCUAUUUUAGUGCUUAGUACGAUAGUAGCGCUGAGAGAAAUAUCUACUGUCUGGAAUCCCGCUGUGCUGAAACGUGACGGCUGCUCGGUCGGAGUGAGCGGUGUGUGCCUCACGGGGGUGACCGGGAGCAGUGUGUUCUGUCACCUCAUUUGAACUGAACCGUUUAGGGGGAAGGGAAGGGAUGGGGGCAUCACCUGAUGUUGCUUUACAUCUCUCUUACUAGCUCACCUCGCCCGGACACACGCAUUAACUCCCGAUCGAGGGACGAUCUUUCAUGGUGGGUCCAGAACCCUCACGUAAGGUGUUCGAACAGGACGGGUGCUGUCAUCACCGCUUAAAACCAGAUCGUGCCCACGUCAGCAGCUUCAAGGAGGCUGAAGGCUGCGGUUCACUACACGGUUGGCUGCCUGUGUCAGGAUGUUGCAGAAAACAAAGAGGUGCAAUUCAGCAAACAAACCAUUGCAGCUAUUUCAGAGAUCACCUUCAGGCAGUGCGGCAUGCAAAACGAAGCACAGUCACUACAGAGGAUGUGAAGCUUUUGGCUAGAAGGAGCAAUUCUUUGCUGAAGUAUAUCACCCAGAAGAGUGACGAGCUCACAUCAAGUAACAUGGAACAAAAGGAGAAGAAGAAAAAGAAGUCCAGUGCAGCUAAGGGAGGGAGAACUUCUGGGGAACAAGUGACUGUGACUGAAAGUGAAGAUUCCAACAUGGCAUGAUUUACCUUUCAAGUAAUGUCUCUGGUCAUUCUUCUCUUAUUGUCCUAGAGGAACCAAUGUUAGUCUCUUAGAGAUUCCUCUUGCACGUUAGCAACACUAAUGAAGCUUUGGGUUUUUAAGUGAACACAAUUAGUUGGAUUUUUUUGUUCCAGAAAUGAAAGGUCUGUCAGAAUUUAGUAAAGCUUACAGCCAAAAUGCCUUAAUUGCUCACAAAAAGCUAUGUUUACUGUUAUUAAAAAGAAAAUUCUUUAAAUAAAGAGUUUAAAGCAGAA